CUGCAGGCUAAUAUUGGGUCCAUACUUAGGCUGCAUUGAUUAUCUGCAACCAUAAAACCACCAGGCAUCCCCUGAAUUACAGUAACUGAGGAUGUACAAGCUUUGGAAGUUGGCUGUUGUCCCAGAGCUUCUGGGAAAUCCCACCGUCUCUAUAUAUGGACAUCCUCUGCACACGUCACAUAAACCACACUCUCUCUUGUUUGAAGAGAAAAGAAACUGUUCAGUGUCAGAAAAAAAACAACAGAAAAAAAAAAAGGCAAAACGCCGCUAACCAAUGGGAAGCCUCUCAACCCGCGUUUCCAACCAAUGGCGUUUCAAACGCAGAGAAGUGAAAGUGACAAACGUGAUGGUCAGGGUCCAGACUCCAGUGCAGCGCUUGACAGGAGAAGCUGUGAGUGGAGUGAUGGUGCUGCUGCCGGAGAACAUCCGAGUGCUGUAUGUCGCCAGCGGCUGCGUGGAGCCGUACGUGCAGGUGGGACGAGCGCGCUGCGUAAAAGACGCAUCUGGAGACGCACCAGUACAACGAGUUCUCCCCUUCACACUUUACACGUGGAGGAUCAUCAGAGUCAAUGACUCCAAGCGCCGCCUGAGCCUGUGCAGCUCGGAGGACUCGGAGGCGGAGGAGCCCGAGUACCAGGAGGAGGGAGACGAUGCUCUGCUUGUCCUGAGCAACCACAGCCGGCUGCUGGAGGACCACGACCUGGAGCAGCUUGCUGCUCACAUGCCAGCAAGAAUCCAUGGCAACCCAUGGCAGCUCGUCUACAGCACCGCCAUCCAUGGGAGCAGCCUGAAGACACUGUACAGGAAUAUGGCUGGUCUGGACAGUCCUGUGCUGCUGGUCAUCAAAGACGUGCACAAAAAGGUGUUCGGGGCUUUUUCCACAGAUCCGUUCCGAGUCAGUAAAUACUACUAUGGCACCGGUGAAACCUUCCUGUUCAGCUUCAACCCCGACUUUCAGGCAUACAGGUGGAGCGGGGAGAACUCCUACUUUGUGAACGGCAAAUUGGAAUCUCUGCAAAUCGGUGGAGGAGGGGAUGGCUUCGGUCUGUGGCUGGAUGCUGAUCUGUACCACGGUGCAAGCUUCUCCUGUCAUACCUUCCACAACGCGCCGCUCUCCACACAGAAAGACUUUAUUGUACAAGACCUCGAAGUCUGGACUGUGCAGAACUGAAUCGCAGAAAAAGGUCGCGAUGAAACCAAAGUAGAACCCACAGUACUGUCUGGAGUUGCAGAACGUACAAAACCUAAUAGAACAGCAGCCGCUGUGUCAUCUGUGUACCUGGCUGAGAUUAGCCCGCACGGUUUUUGCGUGGCGGCUGUUCCAGUGGGCCUUGGGCUGUUAAAUAGAGGUGGCCAGUUGAAAACCUGAGAUUCAGGGCCCUGCUGCUUUAAACGAGCCCCAUGCUAAGCCCAGUAAGUAACUGGCAUCUGAAGCGUUAAGCCCUCCAUGCCCUCCUUUGUUUACGGAGGGCAUUAUAACACAAGGUUUCAAGUAAGACUAUAAAAUGUUUCUACCUACUGUAAGCAAAUUCAGGUUGGAAGGAAAUGUUAUUUAUUUUUUUUAUUUCUGGCUAACAAGCACACCUGAAAUGUAUAAAAAAAAAAAAAAAGAUGUGUUUACAGUAUGUGUCACCAUGUGUGCCAGUGUGAAAUGUGUUCUAUUUUGUUUCAGGGGUUUGAGGUUUAUCAAAAAAAAUACCUGGCACAUAAGCAGUCGGAUAAACCUUUGAGACAAAAAAGUUGCACAUGUAAUUUAUGGUAAAAACACUGUGACUUGAUAGGACUCAACAAUGCCUUAUCUGGAGACAUUGUGCUUCUGAGCUAACAUGAGGUCUCCAUUUCAUGUCCUCCAUUUGAAGAGUGCACCGGCAGAUGAACGCUGAACCACUCAGGUUGGCAAAUAAAUGGAGUUGCACUAUAAACAGUUUAUCACCAGCGAUGUGUGUAUUCGCGUAGGAGCCGUUAACUGUUAACUGUUACUUCUGUUUUUCGAAAUGUGAAACACCUGCCUGGGUAUUUGCAUAGAUGGAUUGUGAUUUAAGGAAACAUUUCAAAUGUUUCACACCGUUUGACUUAUCGUUAUAUUUAAAUCUAUUUUUAAGAACAUUUACACAGGAAAGCAAAGCCUAUUUCCUUCAAGUCUUGAUGUGUGUCUACAUUUCCUUUUGUGUGAAAAACUAAAACUCCCAAGUGGUGCUGGCACUGACAAUGUUUGUUAAUGUUUAUUUUUGUGGAACACAUUAAAACUUUGUCUUUCCUGAUGA